GUGAGCUGCUGACCGUGAUCAGACAGAACGAGGACGAGAACGUGAGGUUGAGGAGGGAGGUGAGGUCAUUGAAGACACAGCUGAGGGAGAUGAAAGAGGAGAGUCGGAGGGUGGAGCUAGAGCUGUUACAGGAGUUGGACAUGCUGCACGAUAAGAACAGCGUCAUGAGCAACCUCCUGGACAUCAUCAACGAGAGAGCCGAGGCGGCCGAGGAAGAGCUGGAGCGACGGGACAACGAGGACACCGCCCGCUCCCCCGCCCGCAGCGCCAGUAACGUUAGCCAAGUGUCCGCCCUGAGCGACACCAGCAUGGGCAGCGACGAGGUGUUCCUCAACGCCCACGGGAACAAGGAGGGCGUGGUGACCCGCGACUGGGAGGUAAGGACGUGUGUGCUGGAGUACACGGAGUUCCGAGAGUCCAAACUCAAGGUCAGGAUCGAAUCCCUGGAACGUCUGCUGGCCGAGGAGCGUCAGAAGGUCAGCAUGGCGGAGAAGAAGCUCUUGCUAGCUGGCAUCAACACCAUAGCGCCGUCCGUUUCGGAUGACGUCAAACUGCGCAUGCGCGAGAAAGAGCUCCUGCAGGAGGAGCUGUUGAAAAGCCAGCGCCACCUACACAUAGCGACCGACCAGAUCCAGGGGCUGAAGGAGAGAAUACAGAUCUUAGAGGAAGAACAUCAGCGGCUCAAGGUGGAUUAUGGGAAGUUGUAUGACGAGAUUGAUAAACCUUUAGGCGAUGAGGGGACAGAAGAAAAUCUGGAUCCGUCCUUAAAGUCUGCUGUCAAUUCUACCUCAGUUUCUGGUGCACCUAAGUUGAAAGAACUACAACGUCUGGCAGUAGAGACGAACGAUGCCACACAAAAGACAGAAAGUCUGGAGGCUGAACUGGCUAAGUACAAGGAGAGAGCUAGAGAACUGGAGUUUAAAGUAGAGGAGUUGAAUGACAUUUUGAAAUCACAAAGCGCAGCAUCGGAUAAAGAGAAACAGGAAUUAGAAACUCAGCUGAAACAAAGAACAAAAGACGUGAGUCUGUUGGAGGAGACGAUAGAGACGCUUAAACUGGAGCUAUGUGCUAACCUGAAGAUGAUCGCAGAACAGGAAGUGACGCUACGCGAGAAGGAACACGCGCUGGCUAAACAAGCUGACGUUGUCAAGGACAACGAAGGCGAAAACAAACGCCGGGAGUUGGAUCAUCAAUCUCUGAUGAACCAAAUCUCGCAACGAGACGGGACGAUACGUAACUUACACGAGACUUUACGGAUAAGAGACGAGAGGUUAAAAGAAAAAGACGAUAUUUUGUUUAAGUUGAACUCGUGUAUUGAAGAUCAUAAAAACGAGAUGCGACACCUCGGGGAAAAACUUCACAAGGCGUCUUUGCUUGUCAGCGAGAAGGACGCCAUGAUUUCGGUUCUUCGAGGUCAAAUUUCGAGUUCGUCGGUCAUGUCACGUGACGCGCCAGCGUCGUGUCAGACGGACGCGGAGAAGGAGGGGUUCCGGUUGAAGGAGGCGCUCAACAGUCUGCAGUUGGAGCUGGAUACGGUGGCUGGGGAGAAGAAGGCGGCGGAUGAGAGUCUGGAGAAGGCGAGGAGAGCGUUGGACGAGGCGAUGUUUAUGUGGGACAGGGAGAGGAAUGAGCUGCAGAAGGAGGCGAACAUUCUAGAAGAGAAGGUUCGCAUGUACGAGUGCUACAACACCAUGGGUAAAGACGAGACGAUUGAGACGCUCAAAGAAGAGGCUCAGGGUUACUUCAAUGAGAAGGAAGCUCUUGUGUGUGAGCUGAGCUCAAUUAAGCUCAAGGCCGAGUCCGCGGAUAGGAUACAUAAGGAACAGAUGGCUAAGUUGCAGGCCGAGCUAACGGAAAAGUUGCGUCUGCUCAAGAUGGAGGUGGACAACAGCAGCCACAUGAACACAGAGAUGGAGAGGCUGAGGAGACAGGCGGAGAUGGCCUACAGACUCCAGCAGGAGCACCGUGUCCUCAAGGCCGAGCACCUGGCCAUCAAGGUCAGGUACGAGACGCGCAUCGACAAGAUGAGUAAAGAACAGAACAAAAUGCUUCUGACCAUCGAGAAGCUUCAGAAGGAACACGACCUAGACAAACAGAUUAUCCAGGGGAUACAGAAGAACCUCAGCCUCGUCAAGGACAAGUACACAGAGGAACUUCUCAGGUCUGAUGAGGACAAAGUGUCUUUACAGAGACAGUUGAAGGAGAUUGAAGAGUCACGUGGACACCUGGAGGAGCUACAGAAGCACAUCCGGGACCUGCGUGAGAAGACGAUUGACCAGGACAGGCUGAGAUCGGAGCUCAUCAACAAGUUCGCCAUGGACAGGUCAGGCUGGGAGAUCGAGAGGGCCAACCUCAACAGCCAUAUCAAUCAGCUGGAGGAGCAGCUGUCCUGCACGUCCAGACAACAGGAAAGGUCAAAGGACAUCCAGGUCAACAUGGGCAUGGCCUGGGAGAAGGAGAGGCGUGAGCAGAGGCGUCUUCUGGGUGAGGCGCACACUCUGGCGCUAGAUUUACAGGAACAGCUGAGAUCUCGCGAAGAAACGUCAGCCCACGAGAGGAAGGAGUUAAUCCGUCAGAUGGAGAGUGACCGUCUCACUUUCGCCAAGAUGACUAAGGAAACGGAGAAAAGAAUGACGGAACUGGAGUCGUCAGUGAGAACGAUGGCCACACUACAGAAGAGACUGAAAGAACUGCAGGAGAAAUCUGAGAGAGACAACGAGUUCUGGCAGAAGGAGAAGACAGACUUGAUACGUCUUCUAGCUCAGUCUAGGCACUCCCAUGCUAGGGACGUCAAGGCUAUAGAGGACGUCAUUAGUGGGUUGAUCCGGCUCCGGGAGCUGGGAAUGAUGUUAAAGCUACAGCCCAGAGGUCCUAUGGAGGAGAAGCCUCCCGACAUUGAGCAGCAGAACAUUCUAGACUUUGUCAAGGAGGCCCUGAAUCAAAUUUGCAGAGCUGCUGAUGAUUUGAUAAAUAUCGCGAAUCCCACAACAGAUGAAGGGGCCAUCAAAAGGAUCUCCAGUUCUGAGGUCGAUCUUCUUAAACACGAGCUGUGUGACCUACGUCACGAAGGCGAUGACGUCUUCAUCGUCAGUGACGUCAGCACGACCUCCAUCACACGGACCAUGAAAUUCGAGGAGGAAGCGAGGGGCGUGUCCCGCCUUGCCACAGACUUGGAAUCUCUGAGAUUAUCCCCGCCUGCCGGGAAACCGGAAGUCGUGUCUUCCGUCACCGGAACGUCUCACGCGCCAUUUUCAAAAUCUGAACAGUCGUCAGCACCAGCGUAUAUACCUCAGUUGUCCGUCCCUGUUGUGUUACGUCACGGCGACCACAGCCGGCACGACCGGCCGCCGUCCUACACGUCCGGCACGCGCAGCGCUCAAACGUCGCGCGCCACGACGCCGGAAACGGGAGAGUUGUCUCCCCCUGUGUCCUUCAGCACGCUGCCGUCUAGAAAAUCGGGGCUCCCCGAACCCCCUCCCAGUUUCGUCAUUCCCCACAAGUUCCCCCACCCCCGGGCCCAGCCGGCUAAACCCCUGGUCUCCGCCAUGUUUUCCGGUCAGUCGUCCCACAAGCCGAAGCGGCCCGUCACCUUCAUGAAAAGCCUCUCCGUCGACAGCGCCCCCCUCUCGCCCCCUAUUCCACGCCAACCCCAACCCACCAGCAUCUCAGCCAGCAACACGCCAACCCACCCUGUCACCUCGGCGGAAAUGACGUCAUACUUCUCAACACCAUCUGUGAUCUCCCCGACUUCCGAUAAUCUCUUAUCCGUUUCCGGUUCCGCUGUGCCUAGAUCUUCCUCCUUCUCCGCGUCGCCGAGAGACCGAAUAUCUCCAAGAACGGCGAGGCGGAAAUUUUUUGAAGAAACUUCCGCUUCCGGUUCUGCUCCUAUUGGCUACCAAUCGUGGCCGGAGAGGAGGAGUGUCUCCCCCUCUCUUCACUCCCGACAGCAGUCCCUCCCCAACGCUGAUGACGUCAGGCGGGUCGCGGAGGAAGAGCAUCAACACGUCAUCACGAAACUGGAAUCGCUUUCCCAACAUCCGGGGAUCAGAACAUCCACAUCUUUCGAUGAGAAAAUGCAUUACACCAACACCACCCCCGUCUCUGCUAAACCUGCAGAAUCUUCUUCUAAAACAACAACAAAAGUAGACGCUCCAACUCCUAACGUUGACACGAAGAGCAACAAACACGGAGCAAAAGAAAAAAGAAGGUUUUUCAAAAAAGAGAAAGCGUGUAGCUUAGACUCCACCGUGGGCUCGACCAUCGCAUCCGUGGGGGUGGCAGCCAUGCCGCCCGCCGCGCCCACCGGCUUCACGCCCUCGGAGAUUUUCGCCGCGGUCAAAGGAAAAUUGAAACCGGUUUUUAAACGCAAGUCGGCUGAUUCGGGAUCGAAACCCAGCGAGGCCAGGUCACCUUCCCCGCUGUUUAUACAGACAGAAGUACCGGAAAUACAUUUCGCGAGCCAGGGGUCACUUCCGGUGCCAGCACCACAU